AUGGCAGGGUAUUAUACUACUAUCACGCUACGAGACGUUCUCUGUCAAAAGAAACCAGCUUUGGCCCUGGUAAAGAAGUCCGCAAGAAACUCGUAUCGUGAAUCUUGGCCAGAGCUGAGCGACAUCAGGCUCUGGAACGAGUUUGACUUGCACCAUCUGAAUCAAAGCUACGGCCACGUCCUUAGCACCCCCUUUACGGGAAAUCUACAGACUCCCCAGCUCGCGGAACUAGAGAAUUUGAGGAUCACAUCAGAUCAAGAUGUUCGUGAUCUAAUCCGCUGGCACGAUGGUAUGAUGCGGGAGACUCUUGACCUUGGUAGGAGAGAACUUGGACUCUUUCCCGACUGCGGUCUCAGAUUCCAACAUACAGCUUCUGAUGGCUCUUCUGUUGCGAGGUUAUUGAUUGCCAACUCGCCGAGGGUGGAUCACGUCAUUGAACUCGACAGUCCUACUCGGCCUGCUUUGGUUGUUGGUAUCGCAAGAGCAAGUUUCAAGUGGAAAUGUGCCAGGCUCCUGUCUGACCUCCAGUCCGCCACGCCACUCAACGGUAGGGUGGACUCUACAUUGCCAUUGCGACAGCUGGCCAACAUAUGUAAGAUAGCCAGGACUCGUUAUGGGUAUAUUCAAACGGACGAGGAUCUGGUUGCAUGCUGCUUCAGCUACGGUGAGGUGGGUGAAGGGCAGACAGAGACAACACAAAGGCCACUGAGGGCAGCUGUCAUGCCCAUCCCCUGGACCAGGCACGGUGUCGACAAGCUCACAACGCAACUCGCUCUGUGGUGGUGGCUGUCCAUGCUGGCCAUGGCGACUGACAAUGUUGCCGACCGUGACAUUACGACCGAGAACAACAUGGCCAACAUCGGUGGGUCUCAGGCUAUUUAUGCUAGUCACAGCAAUCCUCUGCCGAGCAAUCCUGUCGAGCAUUUGUAUCCCGUGGUGCCGCCGACUGAUGUAGGAUUCCAUUUAGCUGUUGACGAUUCGUUCCUUGGUAUCGACCAGGAAACCGCGGGCGCCCCGGUAGAAUGGACAAGCCCUUCAGAGUUUCUCAACCUCAGUCCUGCGAGUGGUGUUGACGUUGAUGCUGGUAAUGGCUUUGCCGAUGAUCUCCUUGCUCGAGGCAGCGGUUCACUCAAGUAG